ACCCAAACCUCUCUCUCUCUCUCUCUCUCUCUAGAUGUUCUAGCACCUCAUAUGCUCCCAAAUCUCACCUUCCUAGUCCCUCCCACCCACCUUCUCACACUCUCUCUCUUUCACUCUCUCUCUCUGUUUUCGCCGGAGGGACAUCUCACUUCUCUCUCUACCAUUCUCUUUCUCUAUCUACACUCUGCUGUUCUUCUUCUAGUAUAUUCAUCCAUUUCUUUAAAAUGUGGAAUCGUCCACAGACCCAUCAUGGGGUUUUGAGCUACACUGUGAUUUCUUGAUCUUUUUGCAGGUUUUGGCUAUGGAAAAUACUGAUUUGGCUUUUGGGUAAGUCUCUUUAUUGGGAAAAAAAAUGUGAGGUGAGUCCUCUAUCUCUGGUUUAUAUGUGCUUGUGUGAUAAUGGUGGCUGAUAUUUUUGAAGCAGCUUCAACAAACCCACAAAAUCUCAAAACUAGUUCACUAGAUGAGACCCAACAAAACCGUAGAAGGCCUCCAUUGUUGCCCUCAGAGAGAGACAAUGGUGUUGUUAAUCCCAAAAGACCCAAAGCAAGGCAAGUCCCUUCAAGGUAUAUGUCCCCUUCAUCUUCCAUUUCCACUGCCUCAUCAAUUUCUUCACAAUCUUGUACAUCUAGGAGGUGCCUAUCUCCUCUAGUUUCUAGAAAUUCGAUUCCGGUGUCGAAUUCAUCGUCUCCGGCGGCGGUGAAGCGGUCGGUAUCUGCUGGCCGGGGGCGGCCGAUACUUUCUCGAUCGCUUGCCCCGGAUCUCUAUUCGAAACCGAGGAAGGCGGGCGAAAUGUCGGCUGCUACGAAGCUUCUAGUCACUGCGACUAGGAGCUUAUCGGUUUCGUUUCAAGGGGAAGCUUUUUCGCUUCCGAUUAGUAAGACUAAGACCCCGAAUUCAAGCAAUGUGCGGAAGGGUACGCCGGAGAAGAGGAGGCCUAGUACUCCUUUGAGAGGGAAGGUUGAUUGUGGUGGAGAUCAGGUGGAGAAUUCAAAGCCAAUUGAUCAGCAUCGGUGGCCGGCUAGGACCCGGCAACCGAACCCAUUGUGGAGGAGUUUAGAUUGCAGUGAGGAUAAUAAUAAGAAGUUGAUUGGAUCUGGGAAUGUCAUUAGGGCAUUGAAGCAAUCUAUGGUUGAUGAGGGUAGGAGGGCUUCAUUUGAUGGUAGAUUAAGUCUUGAUUUGAGCAAUGCCGAGAUUUUGAAGGCAAUUCAACAGUGCCCAGAUGGAAACAACUCGGUGAAUGAGUCAUCUGUGCUGUCUGAUGUCACUGCAUCCGAUUCGGAUAGUGUUUCUUCUGGUAGUACUUCAGGAGUGCAAGAAAAUGGUGGGGUUGCGAGGGGACGAAGUGGGCCUCGUGGAAUUGUUGUUGCAGCGAGGUUUUGGCAAGAGACAAACAGUCGGUUGAGGAGGUUGCGCGAUCCGGGUUCAGCAUUGUCAACUAGUCCUGCUAAAAUGGCAGCCCCGCCAAAGUUUUCUCAAUUAAAAAAGUUCCCCAAUGAUGGCCCAUUGUCAUCUCCACAAACCAUAUCGUCUCCUGUUAGGGGGGGCAUUACGCCUGCAUUGCCAAGUAAGCUUAUGACAUCAAUGGGAUCAUCGCCGUCCAGGGGAAUGGUUAGCCCAGCUCGGGUCAGAAAUUCAGUUUCUGGAACCAUAAGUAGUAAUUUUGGUGAGACACCUUCGGUUCUCAGUUUUGCUGUUGAUGUUCGGAGGGGGAAGGGGGGGGAGAAUAGGAUUGUGGAUGCGCACUUUUUAAAGCUUUUGUACAAUCGGCACUUGCAAUGGCGAUUUUUAAAUGCUAGGACAGAAGCUUCCUUGUUGGUACAGAAACAUAGUGCAGAGAAAAAUCUGUGGAAUGCAUGGAUAACAAUCUCAGAUCUACGUGAUUCAGUCACCAAAAAAAGACACCGCUUACAAUUGCUGAGGCAGAAGUUGAAGCUAGCCUCCAUUCUCAAGGGACAAAUUACCAGUUUGGAAGAUUGGGCUUCUUUAGAUAAAGACCACUCUCUUUCUUUGCUCGGAGCAAUUGAAGCUUUGAAGGCUAGUACUCUUCGUCUUCCAGUUGUUGGAGGAGCAAUUGCAGAUGUCCAAAGUGUAAAGGAUGCUAUUUCCCUGUCAGCAGUUGAUGUUAUGCAGACAAUGGCAUCCUCAAUAUGCUUGCUUUUGUCCAAGGCAGAGGACGUGAAGUCUUUGGUCUCUGAACUCGCAAAAGUGAUUGCAAACGAGCAGGUUUUACUUGAACAAUGCAAAGAUUUCUUGUCCAUGUUAGCAGCCAUGCAGGUUAAGCACUGUAGUUUGAGAACGCAUAUAUUACAACUUAAUCGUGUACCAACAGACUGACAACAGCACACGCGUGUAUGUAGAACUGAUCUUAUUUGACCAUCUACUCUUAAAAGCUGACUUUAUAC